AUGUCCUUCCAUAUCCCCAACUUACUCAGUCCAGAAGACUUCCAAACGGUCCUCCAAGACAGGAAAAUCGUGCUCGUCCGAUUUGGAGCGGCUAGCACCGCUUUGUGCCAGCGCAUAGAUAGACACCUCGCUAUGGUCCAGGCAAAAACCACAGCCUAUUUUAGGAUUCUAGCAUGCGAACUUAGAGAUAUGCCCAUUGACUUUAUUAAUCGCUACCGCCUUCUACCUACCCACAAUUAUGUUUUAGUAUUCUUCAGUAAUGGCCAGCCGAUUAGUCUUGCUUUUGGCAAAAAGCCGCCGACGCACUUACUCGAGCACCUCACCGACUAUAAUGAUAUACUUUCAGCUCUUAUCUAUGUCCAACAUGGGAUCUUUAGAGGACAAAACCUUAUCUGUAUCCCCGAUGUUUCCGAUUUAUCUGACCUCCCUGAACCCUCACACCCCACGCCAAUGCCACUCAUUCCUGCAUCCACUGCCACCCGAAGGCGCGCCCGCAAACACAUGCGCCCCCGUCCAUCCUAG